AUGUCUCAGAUCAAACGUCAAAAGCGCAGGUCGCCCUCGCCGGACAGUUCCGAGACUGAAGAUUCUUCGUCUCCAAGCCCCCCCCGUUCCUCCCCCUCCCCUCCCUGGUCUUCAUCCGGACUGUGUCGCCUACUGUUUGCAGAGCGCCUGGACACGGCGGGUUACUGGGAACCGUUGAGGACAGAGGUGCGGCUGCUGGGGGGACACCUUCAGAAAUGGGGCCUUCUGCCGUGGCCAAGCCUGGACCCCGAAGUUCAAAGCCGGCUGAGCAGCUGGUCCCCAGUUGCCAAGCAGCUCUGGGAGUCCGACUUUCUUGGUCAUCAAAAAGCCAUGGUCCAGGCCUGGAUUUGGCACUAUCUCGACGACUACGUGUUUUCUUUUGCGGGCAACCAACAGGACGGCAUACUCAAACUCCGUUCCCCGGUGUGGGAGCAUGUCCAGGUCCUACGACGGGACCUCGAUGUUCUUCGUGCCCGCGACGCCACCAUACACGAUGUCGUUUAUCGCCACCAGUUCCAAGUCUGGAAUCGCCUGACCGAGCACCUUGUUCGAGGAGGGCUUGAGGAUAGGGAGUCUUUUGAUCAGGCCGAGUUGGUGGCGCACUUUAAACGAUCUAUCGGUCGUCUCACCAUUCUCCGGGACAAGACGCCAGACGAUGCCUCCGAUGGAGACCACUGUGACGCCGGUGACGCCUCCAGCGCGGUCGACCACUUCGACGCGGCCAUCGAAGGCCUACUUAAGUCGGCAUGUCAUGCGCAGUAUUUUAUCCACGGCAUGGACUGGGGUUAUACGCUGAGAUUCACCCCCAUCGGACCCCACGCGGGCAAGAUGUUCGACUUCCCCUAUAACCCGGGGUGGAUGGAAUUGAACAACCCGGUCGAGGUUCCAUCCAAACACCCAAACGAAGUCGACCAUCCUCCCGUUCAACUUGUUAGCCAGCCCAUGCUCGUCGCCAGCGGCUUGAAGGGCGCUAAGCAUAACACGACAUUCACUCUUCGGACCUCGAUGUGUGUUGUCACGCCCUGGACAUUCGGGGGCAAGGAGGCGCGCCCGUACGUCUACUACGGCUUUGAGAAAGGCUGGGAGCUGGUUCCAUUCGACGUGAGGUCUGAGAACCAACGCAAGUACCAUGAAAGAAAGCGGAUGGAAGAGCAGCAAAAGUCACAGCCACUCGUCGAGGGGCUCAAGGACGGCGAGUCGCAAGCCACGGACGGCCAUGCCAUCGACGACUCGGUUGCAGAUGCUCCAUGCAAAUGA